AAGUGGUAACAACCAGAGGAUCUCCUUCCGGAGUCAAUUCCUCCGGAAUAUGAAUUGCUUCACUGUAGUGUAGGGGUCCUUUGCUGUCACAAGUUCAAUUUGAAAUUGAUUUGCUCGCUGCACUCUUGGAAAGGAAUUUGUAUUCCUAAUUCCUAGGCUCUCACGUUUCGGCUGGCUGUGGGGACCUUGCUUGUGACGUCCACUUUCCAGGUUGUUUGGCCUGACAAGCCACGUUUCUGCGCUGUUGACGACAGCCAGGAGCUUCCAGCUGACAGCGCGUCUUUCGCAAGCAUCGCAACACUGCGAAAGACAAUCAGCUCCCGGACCCGCCCACGAUGAUCCGCUCAACACAGAUUGCGAGGCUAGAUGGUGCGCCCAUUCCCCGUUCCCUUUUCCCGUUUCCCACCAGAGCUCCCCGCUGACCGCUGCCAUCAGGCCUCAUGCUCUGCGCCUCAGUAGACGACUCCGAGACCGAACGGACGCUCUCCGAAGUAAAAUCCCAAGUGAAGCUCGUGCUGCGGCGGCUCAGCCGGACGUCGGAGCCGCAGGCGUCGAUCGAGAGCGGCGCGUACACGCUGCACUACCUGAUCUCGGCCGACAUCGUGUACGUGGCCAUCACGGACCGGGCGUACCCGCGCAAGCUGGCCUUCACGUACCUGUCGGACCUGGCCGCCGAGUUCUCGACGACCUACCCGGCGCAGCAGCUGCUGAGCCCCGUGCUGCGGCCCUACGCCUUCAUGGAGUUCGACACCUUCAUCAGCCGCACCAAGGCGACCUACAGCGACGCGCGGGCGACCAUGAACCUGGACAAGCUGAACGACGAGCUGAGGGACGUGACCAAGGUCAUGACCAAGAACAUCGAGGAUCUGCUGUACCGCGGGGACAGUCUGGAGCGCAUGGGCGAGCUGAGCAGCAGGUUGCGCGACGACAGCAAAAAGUACAGGAAGGCGGCCGUCAAGAUCAACUGGGAUUUGUUAAUGAAGCAGUAUGGCCCGUUUGGGGUGCUUGGGUUGAUCAUACUGGUGUUCCUGUUGUGGAGGUUUUUUUGACCGCUUGGCAUCGAAGACAUGGGGCGAGGACUAUUUGCUUGGUUUUCGGGCUCGGCAUCGGAGUUUGGGAGGGGUAUGGGGACCAGCGGCCGGUUUGCGCCGUUGCUUGUGUAUGUUCUCCCUUGUUUGGUGUUGAUGUAUUUGAUAUUAGACGGUAUCCAUACACAGGAGCAUGCAAACGCGGCACAUAUCAAGUCCCUGGAGAGAACGAGAACCUGUUCCCGAGUCAGGCAGCCAUAACA